GUUUUCUGCAGCAUUUGGUGGAUUCUGAGCAGGUUUAACUGCAGUCUUUAGCAGUUGUUGAACACAUGGGGCCUCAAUUACAUUGAAUCAGUUGUAAGGACCACCAAGGCUCCUGUAUUGACCCCGAGCUCUCUCACCCCCUGCAGCUGGGCUGGCUCUCUUCGCUCUGGCCACACUCAUCCUGGACUGCUUCUCCUUUGGAUACUACAGGGAGAUCCUGCACUGCACCUCUCCCCUGAUGAUAGCCUUUCCCCUGGUGCAAGCUGUUUUCACAGUCACACAGGUUUCCUUCCUGUCUUUGUUUGCUAAAGUCUGCAUUCAGGAUUGGUGCUGUCUGCACAGGGUCGGUUUGAUGAACUCCUUGGCCACGAACCUGCUGCUCUGGAUGAAUGUGGUGCUGGACGAGUCCACCAAGCAGCUCAAGGAACUCAGGAGCAUCUACACGGAGGAGCAGCAGGACUCAGCACACAACACAACUCUGUCAAACAGCUGUGCCUGCACCACAGACCUUUGCCACAUCUUCCGCGAUGGCGCUGCCCACCUGCACCCUUUCAACAUUGAGUUCAGCCUCUUCUCCUCCACGAUGCUUUAUGUGCUGUGGAAGAACAUGGGCAGAGUGCCCAGCAGCCUUGGACCCCAGGCGAGGGCAAGGCGACCAGCCUUCCGCAUCAGUGCCAUCUUCCCUGGGCUGCUCCUGGGCGCUCUGGUCCUCUCCGCCACCUUUGGUUGCAUCGUAUUCGGUGUCUUCUUCAAAGCCAAGGACACCCUUCCCCAUGCCCUGCAGAUCUACUAUACGUUCAGCCUGAUUCUUCUCUGCUUGAUGCUUCUGUCUUCCUGCGCAGGGACGCUCGUCUACAGGCUCCAGAAGAGAUCAUCCUUCACCUUCAGGACCGAAAACGUGGUGAGAAACCUGGAUGUGGCUCUCCUGGUGGGCUGCUCUUGUGGUCCUCUGGCCGUUUGCAUUUUUUCAAUGACUGCCAUCUUCUUCACUGGAUCCUUGAGUUCUCUGAACAGUCUGGACCUGUUCUUCUCCCUCUUUAAAACACUCCAGGUGUUGGGGCAGAACCUGUUUAUCUCUGAGGCUCUCUUCUCUGGGCCUGAUGAAAGACACCCCACUGCUCAGUUUGUACUCGCAGGGGCCCUAAACAAAUCCUUUGACAGUGAAAGCCAGUGUGCUGUCUGGUCAACGAUGGAGAGCAGCAUGCAAGUCCAGAUGGAUGAGGAUGAAAAGAGCAGAGUCCUCAAGAUGCACGAUUCUCCUCACAUGGGAGCAGCAGCAUUUCAAAAGCCCUUCUUUUUCACCUCCAGAAGACGUGGCAGAGCUAAGAUUAUGCAAAACAUCUUAGUCUUCUUACUUCUCUGUAACAUAGCUGUGUGGAUCCUGUAUGUCUACGGAGCCCGCCCCCAUCUGGUCAGUGAAACAGAGCAGAAUUUCUAUGGCUUCACCCUCUGGGCGACGGUGGUCACCUCCUGCCUGCCUCUGGGCAUCUUCUACCGCAUGCACUCCGCAGCCAGUCUCUUCGAAGUUUACUGCAAGUCCCAGCUGGACUAAUCGCAUUCAUAUACCCCAACAUUUGGGAUAUUAAACCUCUGUUUCUCCCUUUUUUUCUUUCUUAUUUUUGUAAUAGUACCAGGAAUUGAAAGACAUAUAUGCAAACAUGGGCUUUAUUGUCCAUGAACAAGUUUGACUGGUAGUGUAUCACUUCCCAAAUAGAAGUUCACUUGUGCUGUGCCACAGUAAAAGUACAGCAAAGUGUAUUAAAGCACAGUGAACCGUGGUCAAGAAAAUUGGAACAGAAGGUGCAUUGCUUACUAUGCCACAAGGUGGCAGUAUAACCUAUCAGUAUGCUGUUAAAACAUCCUUGCUGUAGAAAAAAAGGCACAAUAUUUCUUGUUCUUUUUUUCUUCUGAAGAGCAAAAUAGCCCAUUUAUAACUGAUAGUAAAACAACUUCCCAUGUCUGUCGACACGAUGGUGAUCGUCAAGCAAAGAGCUGGCAGGAGAAAUUACAAGUGCAGAACAUCCGUGCUCAUUUUAGGCAAUGAGAUGAUUAUUUAUUUUUUUAUUUUUAUUUUUGUUUAUUUUUUGUUAUUAUUGAACAACAUUUCUUUGUUUUUAGAGUAGUGUUUUUCUUCUUUUUAUAUUUCAGCAUCUUCGACGUGUGCUUUUGAUAUGCAUCUACAGGUUCUUUAGCGUUGUAGAAAACAAAGGCACAAAAACAAUGUUUAAAAUCAAAAACUUUUGGAAAUGAAUUGAGUUCUUGCAUUGUACAAAGUGUUCUGACAAGGAAUUCACAGAAUUCUUAUUGAAAUGCUGUGUUCUGUAUUGACUUCUUUAAAAUGUCUUAGAUUUUAUUAAACAUAAUUUAUCAUUC